AUGAAGCUGGCUGUGUUUUUCUCUGGGGCCUUGUUGGGGCUACUAAAAGCCACAGGGGCAAAGGAUGACUGUCCUCAUAAAAAAUCGGCCACUCUACUGCCGUCCUUCACGGUAACUCCUACAGCUACAGAAAGCACAGUAAGCCCUGGACCAACCAGCCACAGCACAACCAAAAGCCAGGAUACUACCACUCUUAUAACAACUACCACAGGUACUACCAGCCCUGGAUCUACAACUGCAACUCACAAUCCUGCCACGACGACUCAUGGAAAUGCCACAGUUCAUCCAACAAGUAAUAGCACUGCUACCAGCCCAAGGAUCACCACUGCUCCCCACCCAGGACCACCACCACCCUCUCCAAGCCCUAGCCCAGGCUCCAAGGAAGCUAUAGGAAACUACACAUGGCUUAAUGGCUCCCAGCCCUGUGUCCGGCUCCAAGCCCAGAUUCAAUUUCGAGUUCUCUACCCAACCCAGGAUGGAGGAAAGAUGUGGGGCAUCUCAACACUGAACCCCAACAAAACCAAGGCCCAGGGGAGCUGUGAAGGUGCCUAUCCCCAUUUGCUUCUCUCAUUCCCCUAUGGACAGCUUAGCUUUGCCUUCAAGCAGGACUCGGUACAGAGUGUUGUCUACCUGAACUACUUGGCUGUGGAGUAUAAUGUAUCAUUCCCCAAGGCAGCAAAGUGGACAUUCUCAGCUCAGAAUUCAACUCUUAAAGAUCUCCAAACUCCACUGGGCAAAAGCUUUAACUGCAGAAAUACAAGCAUCAUUCUUUCACCAACUUUCCACCUUGACCUGCUCUCCGUGAAACUACAGGCUGUUGGUCUGUUGUCCACAGGAGCCUUUGGACCAAGUUUCUCUUGUGACAGUGACCAGAUGUUUUUGCUGCCUCUCAUCAUUGGGUUGGUACUCCUUGGCCUCCUCGCCCUGGUGCUUGUUGCCUUCUGCAUCGGCCGGAACCGCUCAUCCACAUACCAGCCCCUCUGA